GAUUAAUCUUUUGCCAAAUUGGCGAGGUGAAUUGCCUCGCGGUGGAAGCGUCCGGCCACCAGAGCUAGGGCAAGGUGAGCAGCAGGACUUCUGGGAACAGAUACCACGAGCAGAGCCAGACUUCUCCAGUUUGGUAAUUCGGCUGGGGGCCACCCCUGUUAGCCUGAGCUUGCUCUCUAUCCAGGUUUAUGCUUCCUCUUCAGAGAAGGAGACUUCCAAAAAGGAGUUGCUGAAAAUUGAGGAGCUGUCACUCUACACCUCUCCAGCUCGUGAGACUAAAUAUGUGGAGAAUCCACAAACCCAAUUGGAAGAGGGGGUUUCGCGUUUACGGCAUGUUAUGGAGCCAUACACAGCCUGGUGUCAGGAUCUUUAUGCCAAAGCUAUGCCCAAAUUAGAAAAAGCUGUUGAGCAUGGUAGAGAGGGCUGUGGAUUUCUCCAAAACCCCCCUGCUGGAUUUUAUCCAAGGCUUGGUGUGAUAGGUUUUGCUGGAAUUGUUGGAUUGUUUCUUGCUAGAGGCUCAAAAAUAAAGAAGUUAGUGUAUCCCGCAGGUCUCAUGGGUAUUGGUGCCUCCAUGUAUUACCCUCAGCAAGCAGUUUCUAUUGCAAAGGUUGCUGGUACACAGCUGUAUGACUGGAGUCUUCAGGGAUAUAUUGCUGUAGAAUCUCUUUGGAAGGAUAAUCCUAAAAAGAAGAAAUCUGGGAAAAAAAGCGAUAAG